GAGGGAGGAGGGCGCCGCUGGAUCCAGUCUCUUCGCUGAUCACUGUCAUUGAUCGUCGGGUGCGUCCCCGGAGGAUCUCCCCAACCCACACCCACCUCCAUCCCAGGGUGCGGAGGACCGAGGGGGAGAGACACAGAGAGAGAGAGAGAGAGAGAGGAGAGAGAGAGAGAGAGAGAGAGAGAGAGAGAGAGAGACCGCUGUGGCCGCAGAUGACACGCAGGAAAAAGUGUGUGGGCGGAUGAGGAAGUUCACAGCUCGGAUUGAUGGUUCCACACCUACUGUACUGGGCACUUUUACGCAGCAGCGGCGGCAGCAGCACACGCCGGGGUCUCGAACCACCGAUUCAUUGUGAUCAGAGGGGAUCCGCGCAUGGGAAAAUGACAAUCAAGUUUGUGGUCAUCCUCUGCACACUUCUGCUCGUCCGGGGCGCGCGGUCUGAUCUACUGGAAUAUGGCGACGACGACGAAGAUCAACACGAUACCACCGUCAAUCAAAUGCUGGUGCCCAGGACGCACCAGGAGGAUGCCACACUCAUACUGAACAACCUGCUGAAGGAAUAUGACAAGACGCUGCGGCCGGACAUCGGAGUGAAACCAACAGUCAUCGAUGUGGGCAUAUAUGUCAACAGCAUCGGGCCUGUGUCAUCCAUCGACAUGGAGUACCAGAUCGAUAUCAUCUUCGCCCAGACCUGGGUGGACACACGUCUGCGGUAUAACAGCAGCAGCAUGCGGAUUCUAACCCUCAACAGCAAUAUGGUGGGUUUGAUCUGGCUGCCCGACACCAUCUUCAGGAACUCCAAGACUGCCGACUCUCACUGGAUAACGACGCCCAAUCAGCUGCUGCGGAUCUGGAACAACGGGAAAAUACUCUACACACUGAGGAUGACCAUCAACGCAGAAUGCCAGCUGCAACUCCAUAAUUUCCCAAUGGACGAACACUCCUGUCCUCUCGUCUUCUCCAGCUACGGAUACCCCAGAGACGAGAUCGUGUACAAGUGGAAGCGAAACUCCGUGGAGACCUCAGACCAGAAGUACUGGAGGCUGUACCAGUUCGACUUCAUGGGGCUCAGAAACACCACAGACGUGCUCACGACGACAGCAGGUGACUACAUAUUGAUGACGGUGUACUUUGACCUCAGCAGACGGAUGGGCUACUUCACCAUCCAGACCUACAUCCCCUGCAUCCUGACCGUGGUCCUCUCCUGGGUCUCCUUCUGGAUCAAGAGCGACGCUACGCCUGCAAGAACGGCCCUAGGUAUCACCACGGUGCUGACGAUGACCACCCUGAGCACGGUGGCCAGGAACUCUCUCCCCAGAGUGUCCUACGUGACGGCCAUGGACCUCUUCGUCACCGUCUGCUUCCUGUUCGUCUUCGCCGCCAUGAUCGAGUACGCGAUGCUCAACUACUACUCCUACAGUAUACGCAGACCUCCCGCCAGGAUGCAGAGAAUGGCCUACUCGUCUUUCAACAUGAGUCGCAACCCCCGGACCAUGAUGCCCAUGGGCAAUUCCCUCUUCUGGCACGACUACGACGACAACUGCCUGUACGAGUGCUUGGACGGGAAGGACUGCAAGAGCUUCUUCUGCUGCUACGAGGAGUGUAAAGAAGGCGGCUGGAGGAAAGGACGGAUCCACGUCAACAUCGGCGAGCUGGAUUCCUACUCCCGGGUGUUUUUCCCCACGUCCUUCUUGCUCUUCAACAUCGUCUACUGGGUCAGCUACCUCUACCUCUAGUCGGUCACGGGCCGCGAUCCGUGAGCCCUUGCUGAAACCGCCAGACUCCGCGGCUCGUGAUGAGAGGUCAAAACUAAGCGUGGAAGAGGAAGUGAAGGGGAUCCACUCUGCGGGGGGGGGGGCGUGGAAGACGCACGCUGCCUCAGGAGUGGUGGGACUGAAAAAGGAAAGGCAACGAUACUUUUGAGCUGCGGCAUUGCGAGGAGAAUCAAGUGCUGAGCAGCAGAACCACAAGCCCGUCAACAUUAACUUGAAUGGAAACGUGCCGUUCAUGAUUCGCUCGGAAAACCAAACAACAAGACAGCUGUGACGUCAGGGGACAGGGGGUUGCGUUGCUGAAUCUUGGUGGACGAGAUGGCGAAGCACCCAUAGUGCCUUCUUUAAACAGGGUGCCGCAUUGAGAGACGCAGCUUCAGAGUUCCCUUCAUUAUCUUUAUUACCUCAUCCAUCACACCGCUGCAUGCUGAGCUGUUUAUUCUUUGAAGAAACGAACCCAGAACACACUUCUCACCACUGGAAAUGUGUAAAACUAACACUCACCCUUCAUUUUGUAGCACAUUUGGUUUUUUCGUUGUUCCCUAGAAUUAGUUCUCCUUUCCGAACAAUAGUAACGUUUUCUUAUUAUUCUUAUUCUCGUUAUUGGAAUUAGUCUCACAUCAGGUGUUGAUUGUUAAAUAUGAGUUAGGGGCCGUGGUUGUCUGGUAAAAUCUUGUUUACUAAGUCGGUGAGCUUUUGUUCAUGAUGCUUUGUGACCAGACGAUGCAUUUUACAGUAGAUGCCAAGAAGAUUCUGUGUUUUUUACCGAUCCUUACACACCAAAUGUAUAAGAACCACAUAAAUACAUAACAGUCUAAUACUUAACAUGAUAAUCUCAUCUCCGGGCGUAUUAUGUAUGUUACAGCACACGAAUAAACAGAUUAGGGUUCGUGCAAUAUGACAAAAACAGUUUCACAUUUUUACUUUGCACACUUUUACUCUUAUUUAUAUAAUUUUGUGUGAUGAUUUAUAUGGUUGUUUAUCAGACCCAUGUGUUGAGCUGAAGGAAUAGGUUGACAUUUGGGGAAAUGGACCGGCAGUAAUUUGCCAACUAGUGGCCUGAGCAACUCUGAUUUGUAAUUUAACCUUUUCCCCAAGUUUUUGCAAACUUAGAACUUGUUUACUUUUUGUCUUGAUGACGUCAGCAUAAAUUCAGUUUCCUCAGCACUAGUAGAGUUGUGUCAGUUGUUAUAAUAUCGCUAGUGUUGAACUAUUGAAUUAGUGCUGUGGACUGAUAUUUACAGCUAACUCUGUUCAGAGGUUAAAAAAAACCCUCUAAAACCUCUAAAGGUGAAGUAUUUACACAUAAAAUAUACACAUUUUACAAAUAAUCUGUAUAAAAACCCUUUAAAAAGUAUAAAAAUUGCAUCAACUAAAGUAAAUAACUUUCAACUCUGGUAUCAAUCUUCUCAACUAGCUCUCGGCAAGAAGGCGAAUAAGCACAUUACCCAUUAACGACGAGCUAUUCCUUCAACGCUUUGGUUUUCAGGGGCACAUGAUGUAAUUCUGGGUAACCACGAAAAUAAUUGUUCGCAAUGAAAAACGGUUUGAGUACAAAAUAUGUUGGGAACAAACGAGCUGGAUAAACAUUAGUUUUGGCCGCGAGCCAUUUGAACCCCGAAGCGCAGACACACACGUACAAACACACACACGUACAAACACACACGCGUACACACACACACACACAUACACACACACACACAUACAGCACGUGGCCUAUUUAUUUAGCGUUAGAGUCAUUCCAUCCAGAGCUGGAGUCUUUUUCUUUUUCUAGUGCCCGGCCGGCAGCGAUCACAGGUGCUGUAAAGUAGGUUCUAUAUAUUGUGAUACUCCAUAAACUCCAUACAUACAUUGUUGCUGACUCACCCCCCCCUUUCCUCAAACACGUAAAGUUGACGCCAUACGUGGAGUCGCACACAGAAGAAGACACACACACACACACACAGGGAGGGACGGUACCGAAUGACGUUUUGUUUACUGUUAUAUGGUGUUUUUGCAGUCGUUUGGCUUUGUAGAACAAUCA